AUGAUUCAGAUAAAAACAGUUUUUCUCGCGCUGUUAAUAUUACCUUACUAUUGCCAAUGGAUUUUGGCGUAUAAAAGCUUGACAGAGGAAGGCCUCCAAGUACUAACCAACAUUACGGAGUCCGAAAGCCUGGAGACCUUGGACAAAUACUUGAAACAGAUACUGAUCCCUCGAGUUUCGGACACCGAUGGAAACAGAAAAGUGCAAGAGUUUAUUAAAUCUAAAUUUAAAGAACUUGGUUGGACAAUCGAAGAGGACACGUUUAAAGAUCAAACCCCAUACGGAGAAAAAACUUUUAACAACAUAAUUGUAACGAAAAAUGCAAACUUGACAAAUCGUUUUGUCAUGGCCGCUCACUUUGACUCUAAAUAUUUUGACCCGCCAAAUAAUUUCGUCGGCGCAACCGAUUCAGCUGUUCCGUGUGCAAUGUUGAUAGACUUGGCGUACCGAUUAGAUCAAUACCUCACUCAACCGAUUCGCUCUACGGAUCCCGGUAGGACCAACAUUUACCGAACUUUUAAUCCUAUGCAACCGAAACUAACCCUAACCCUUCCCUUCACCUCUAUCGAUCAACAUUGUUCAAGGCAUCUUGCCAAAAAAUGGGAAAAAACUUAUUUGCUAACGGUCGAUGUCCCUGAAAUUAAAUCAAAAACCGUUCUUGGUAGCAUAGAGACAUUGGUCUUACUGGAUCUUCUAGGAGUCAAGCAGCCAUCAUUCGCGAAUUAUUUUAAAACCACAUCGUGGUUGUUCUCCAAGCUUGCUGACAUAGAGAACCGACUGUAUGAAAAGAGGAUAAUUAAACCUGGAAGUGAGGACAGUUUCGAUGACGAACCCUACUUCGACACAAGCACCCUGCACUCCUCUCAGGCCCACAUUGAGGACGAUCAUUUACCAUUCCUACAAAGGGGCGUACCAGUUUUGCACAUCAUCGCGUAUCCAUUCCCGGCGGUGUGGCAUACAACUCUGGAUAAUUUUGACGCCAUCGAUCCAGACACGUUUUUCAACCUAAAUACCAUCUUCAGAAUUUUCGCGGCUGAAUACCUAGAAAUCGAUCCAUCCUUAUCAUGA